AUGAGCACCUUCCUUCGGCCGAGAGAGAGCGCGGACGCCUCCGGUAUUGAGACAUUGAGAUAUCCUCGAAAGACCAGCACGGCGACUAUUCAGAAACUAGAGCCUGACCCGCCUAGCUCUCAUCAGCAGCCCAACUUCCUGCCCGAGCCCAAUCCCACAUUCGACGAUGGACCCGAGCGCGAGAGACAGCAAGCAGAGUUCGUGCGCGGAAAAUACUUGCCCUGGCUAGAGUGGAAAGUCAAAGUCAUGACGGCCUGCCAACGUACAAAUUUCCUAGAAACGUAUGCGGCUGGCAGCCUGCUGCAGCAGCAAGCCGUACUUGCGUAUUGGGUUGCUUACCCAGAGCAUAUUCCUACUCGCGGCAUCUGUCACUUGCAGGCGGCGAGGGAGGAACGUGGACUGAACCCCGAGCUCGAUCCAUCGAGUUCCCUAAGGAAUUUAGCGAUAUUUCCUCGGGCUUGUCGUGGAGAGUCUGUCUUCUGUCCUGCCGAACACGUCUUGAACGCGAACGUAGGACCGAGAAACGAGCUUUCGUCCGAAAACGAGGCCACGUAUGCAGUUCAGAAAGAAGAGCCGCGCUCAGAAGGCCUGUUAAGAGGCAUUGGUCGAUGUAUAUGGACGGGAUGCGCCCGCCUUGGCCGCGCGAAGUCAGGAGAUGGCAAAUGA